CCCCUUUCCAUUUCCACUCCGGAGGUAAUCGGAAGAAAAGAUCGCUCUUUUACGUUUCUCUCCCUCUGUCGUUUUGCUCUCCGCGGAGCUCGUACUCCUCCGUCAAUGGCGACCAAGAUUUACAUCGUGUAUUAUUCCAUGUAUGGGCAUGUUGCAAAGCUAGCAGAAGAAAUUAAGAAAGGUUCUUCAUCUGUUGAAGGAGUUGAAGUGAAACUUUGGCAGGUUCCUGAGACUCUUCCUGAAGAAGUUCUUGUUAAGAUGGGAGCACCUCCUAAGAGCGAUGCACCAAUCAUUACACCAAAUGAUCUUGCCGAGGCAGAUGGGAUUCUCUUUGGUUUCCCAACAAGGUUUGGCAUGAUGGCUGCACAGUUUAAAGCUUUUCUUGAUGCAACUGGAGGUCUUUGGAGAACACAGGCUCUAGCUGGCAAACCUGCUGGACUCUUCUUCAGCACUGGAUCCCAAGGCGGUGGUCAAGAGACUACUCCUUUGACAGCCAUAACUCAGCUGGCCCAUCAUGGAAUGAUCUUUGUCCCAAUUGGCUACACCUUUGGGGCAGGAAUGUUUGAGAUGGAGAAGGUGAAGGGUGGCAGCCCAUAUGGUGCAGGCACAUUUGCUGGAGAUGGUUCAAGAUUCCCAUCCGAGCUUGAGCUGGAACAGGCUUUCCACCAGGGAAAGUACUUUGCCAGCAUUGCCAAGAAGCUCAAGAGUUCCUCUUGAUGAUCCUGUGUCUCCACAUAGUACUAUCAUUGGAUUGAGGAUUAAUAUCCUGGUAUUUGUUGGCUGUUAAACUUUCAUUGAACUUUACAAAUAUGUUAUUUCUGGUACAACAGUUCUUUUAUAAGUUUGGUAUAUGAUUGCUUGACUUAGUAUCU